AUGCUCGAUUAAUUGUCUUAAAUCACACUCAAUGAAUCUUCUGCGUUUGAAACGUAAAGGUUGCCUCCGAGACUCUAAACUACUGAGAAGAAGGGAAGUGGAAGAUUCACUUUUCUCAAAUCUGAGUCGGACGAUAAAUAAACUUAAGCAUAAAAUAACAGAGACAGGAUCAAGUAGCAAUUGAGAGGUACACAAAUGUUGAAGCAUAAUAGGAAGGAUUCAAUUGAUAAUAAAGAAACCCUUAAAUGAUGAAAAGGAUUUAUAUGAAGAACUAAAGGAGUUAGGGCGUAAAUUGGAUGUUGAAAUAAAUGAAUUCGAUUCAGAGUACAUAUGUCCCAAUCUAAAAAAAUUUGAUGAAGAUUAUGAGAUGAUGGAAAUUUUGGGAGAAGGCUGUCUAGGAUUGGUUAAAAGGAUUGUACACAAAUAAUCAUAAAUUGAGUAUGCAGUGAAGAUUGUUUAAACAUAAGAUGAUGAAAUAAUAAGAAAUGUAAGUGAUUAUAAUGAAUGUAGAUGAUUCUUGAGUUUAAAUCAAUGUUUAAGUUGUAACAUGAAAAUAUAGUGAAAGUUCAUAAAUUAUAUAUAGAUUUUAAUGAUGGCUUUUAAUCUGAAAGUAAGGCGCAUGUCGUUAUGGAAUUGAUUAAGGGUAAAGAAAUGUUUGAGGUGAUAAAUGAAUUAGGACAUUAUAGUGAGAGUGAUGCUAAGGAGUUGUUUAAGCAGUUAUUGAGUGCAAUAGAAUACAUGCAUCGAAAUGGAAUUUGUCAUAGAGAUUUGAAACCCAAUAAUAUUUUGUGCGUUGAAAGUAUUUAUAUUAAUUCAAUAGAUAAAAAUUAGAUCAAAGUUACUGACUUUAAUGUAAGUAAAUUUAGUGAUGCUUAUAAAGAAUUUGGAGAUCUCAAAGAUAGAGAGAAAAUAGAAAUGUGGACAUACACUGGAACUGUAGCAUUUUCAGCUCCAGAAAUAUUCUCAGGAGAAGGUUACAAGUAAUUUUCAAUUCUAUACUUAAGCUAAAUGGUUGACAUGUGGAGUGCAGGUUGUAUUUUAUAUUCCAUGCUUUCAGGAUAAUUGCCUUUCCUUUCUGAUUAGUAAAUUCUUGUGUUUCUAUUAUAGUUUGAAUGAUUUGAUCGAGAAAAUUAAAGAAGCUGCAAUAGAAUUUCCGAAUGAUUUAUUUGAACAAGUCUCAGAAGAAGCCAAAGAUCUAAUAAGCUAGUUGUUGCAAAAAGAUUGGACAUUCAGACCUCAUCCUGAUGCUGCUUUAAAGCACUUAUGGUUUUAAAUUGUUGAUGAUGAUUAAGUUCGUAAAAAAUCACUAAGAAAAUUGGCCAUCAGAAAAAAUAUGCCUCGAUUGUCAUCGAAAUAUUCUAAAAACAGUCAUAAACAACGGAAUAUACUCUUGGGAUCUUCAUAAACUAUCACAAUCAAGAAUAAUCGUUCUGUUGAUUCAAAGUGUGAUCUUUAACAAGCAGAUUCAUCAAAUAGUUUUCUGAAAAUUCCAACUAAAAAAAGCAUUUUCUUUUCCACUAAUCCAGGUGAAAAUAAAGGAGUUAAUUAAAAUUCAUCUCAUAAUUAAGAGGAAUCUCCUGAUCAACCAAACUCAUCGAAUUUAAGUGAUGACAUAGGCGAAUCUGAUUAAUGCCCACUUCAUCGAUUUGUAAAUUUUCAAAAGUAAUAUAAUGUUGAUGAUGAAGUCUAAGAAUAAAUAAAAUGA